AUGCUGGGAGGGGGAGAGGGUCAGAGGCGGCGGCGGGUGAGAGUUGAGAUCCCAGCAUCCCGCGGGCGGGCGGUGCGGAGCGGCUGAGCCGGUGGCCCCCCUCUUCUCCCCGCCCCCCCCGGCCCCGCGCGUCCCCGGCCCAGGCCCCCGCCCCGCCGCCACCAUGCAGGAGCUCAUCGCCAGCGUGGACCACAUCAAGUUCGACCUGGAGAUCGCGGUGGAGCAGCAGCUGGGGGCGCAGCCGCUGCCCUUCCCCGGCAUGGACAAAUCAGGUGCUGCUGUCUGUGAAUUUUUUUUAAGAGCUGCUUGUGGAAAAGGAGGCAUGUGUCCUUUCCGACACAUCAGUGGAGAAAAGACAGUUGUUUGCAAACACUGGCUCCGAGGGCUGUGCAAGAAGGGAGACCAGUGUGAAUUCCUGCAUGAGUAUGACAUGACCAAGAUGCCUGAGUGUUAUUUCUACUCCAAAUUUGGAGAGUGCAGUAACAAAGAAUGUCCGUUCUUGCACAUUGACCCGGAGUCUAAGAUCAAAGACUGCCCCUGGUAUGACAGAGGCUUCUGUAAACACGGUCCCCUCUGCAGACACAGACACACUCGAAGAGUCAUUUGUGUGAAUUACCUGGUGGGAUUCUGUCCAGAGGGGCCUGCUUGUAAAUUCAUGCAUCCUCGAUUUGAACUGCCUAUGGGAACCACAGAGCAACCACCACUGCCUCAGCCGACACAACCCCAGCAAAAGCAAAAUAACAAUCCGCCAUUACAAAGGUCAUCAUCCUUGAUCCAGUUAACAAGUCAGAACUCUUCUCCCAACCAGCAGAGGACCCCACAAGUCAUCGGAGUUAUGCAGUCUCAAAACAACAACGUGGGGAACAGAGGUCCCCGGCCGCUGGAGCAGGUCACGUGUUACAAGUGUGGUGAAAAAGGACAUUACGCCAACAGAUGCACCAAAGGACAUCUGGCCUUUCUUAGCGGACAGUGAGACAGCACAGAGGGAAGAGAGUGCAAGGAGGAUCUUUACACUGGGGAAAGGUUUCCGCCUAGCACUAUUCCUUGAACUAUUGAUCAGGUUGUUUUUUUUUAACGCCAUUAGUGAAAGAACUGUGGCCAGAGGCUGGCUGCUGAUAAACAUUUUUGUAACUGUCCAAUUUUUUAUGUUUUAACCUUUUAAAAUAGAUCUUGGCCUCUGCCUUUUUUCACUGAGCCUAGCUGGGAGGUAGAUCUAAAGGCAAAUAGAUGUGCAAGCCCUCACCAAUACAACAUUCAGCAUAAUACACAUCUUGCACCAGUGUGUUUCUGUAAAGGAUAGCCUUUGGGAACCUCCAACCUUUCGUUAAUCCUUGUGCAAGGAGGAAGACAAACUGGAAGAACUAGUACUUGAAAUGCCUCCCACUUCAGUGAGGGAGCUUGUCAUGCAGUCCUUGAAAGGAGGCACCAUGUUCCCUUAUUCAAUCUGAGAUUUCUCAACCUGCUCUGAUGGCUCACAUAACAUGUUGUGUACCAAGAUGUAAAGUAUUUGUCCAACUGCAAUAAAAGUUUUUAUGCUUUGCCUGGAAGCAUUUCCCCCUCGCUGUUCUGCAGGGUGAGAAGUUGGUCCUUGUAUGUGAAAACCACUUCUAGUGGAAUGAACUUACAUUUAUGGUUUUAGCUGAAAUCGCGAAAGCACUGGCUGUAGAAGAGGCGCAGGUCUGUUCUCACCACAGCAACCCUGAACUCAGAGCUGAAGUAGCUUUGAAGGUGUAACAGUGUAUGGAUACCAACAGAUGAAGUUAGUGGGCAUUCCUACAAGCAGUCAAAUUGCACAAAUAUCUUCACAGGCUCUCGAAACAAAUAAAUGGAACUAUAUUUUCUUGAGAUUGCUUUUAAAUUGGACUCUGAGUGUGACAUAUCCUCUUAAGAGCAUGUUUUUCCAAGCCAAAACACCUUAAUUUUGUAAGACUUUAUUUCAAAGGGCCAAUGACAAAGGGAAUUAAAAAAAAAGCCCAACUGUUGCAUCUGGAAUAUGUGAGCCUUUUCUGUUCUCGAGCAUCUAUCUACAUUUGCCUAUCUGCCUUUGUUUUUUCCUUCCUGUUUUAAAGUUGGCUGUGAAAAUUAGAUUGUGAUUUCUCAGGAAAAGGGUAAUGUAUGGCUGGGAAGAGAUAAGGCCCUGUGUUGAUUUAAACUGAUUAAUUUAAAAAAACCAUGUAAUCAGUUUGUAGAAGCUGUACUUACUGAUACUCCCUCUAGUACACAGUGGGAUAUUCAGACUUAAAAGUUAAAAUUAAAUCCACAAGUGUAAA